AUGAGCUUGAGCUCAGAUCCGUUUAGUGAUGAUCAUGUUAAAAAAAUUCGAGAAACUCAUAAUCACUUCCCCAAACCGGCCUUUAUUUCGUUUGACUUAUUUGGCACUCUCUACACUCCAAGAGAGCCAGUUCCCAAACAGUACCAUGAUAUAGCCACGCGAGAGUUCGGGAUUGAUGUCCCCUUGGAUAGAAUCAGCAGCCAAUUCCCAAUUGUUUAUGAACAGCUUUUGUCCAAGUACCCAAAUUACGGCCAAGAGUCACCAAACAUAAGUAACGCUUCCGAAUGGUGGUCCGAGCUUAUAGUUGAGCUCCUUGAGAUUCCUCACUAUAAGCAGAGUCAGCGUUCCAUGCAAGUUUGCGAUCGGUUGUUGUCUCAUUUCACCACCAACGAAGCUUACAGAGUGUAUGACGACGUGAUUCCAACUUUAAAAGCAUUGAGUGACGAAGGUGUCCCAUUAUUGGUGUCAAGCAAUUCAGAUCCACGAGUAUACGAAAUCCUAGAAAACUUACAAUUGAGUCAAUUUUUCCCCAAAGACUUGACUUACUUAUCUACCAAUCUUGGAUACGGAAAACCGGAUCGAAAAUUCUUCCACACCAUUGCAAAUAGUCUCUACCAAAAAUCCGACGUUCAAAGCAAACCAGACUUUCUAGAACAGUGCUGGCACGUCGGUGACAGCUACGCCAACGACUUUCUCCCUUCAGUGAAAUCCGGGUGGAACGGGGUCUUGCUAGACCGCCAUCGCACCAGCAAGAUCUUCAGUCACCACCAGCAGCCCCAGCUGAAGCUCGACGCGUGUUUCCUCUCUGAUCGUGGAGAACCCGAUAUCGACGACGACAACCUAAGACUCAUAGCCAACAACAGGGUUGCCAUGACAGACUUGACCCAGCUUCUUCGUAUAUUUGACUUUGAUCCCGCACAACCCUCCCAGUCGGUGUCCAACCAGAUAUAG